AGAACCAAAGUACUUUUUAAUUGAGAAAGCAAUGAAUAUUUGGGUUAGCCAAGUUUCGGCUGCAGGUCUAAUUCUUACAGAUGAAUUGAUAACUAAUUAUAAAAAACAAAAUUCUUUGCGUCGUUAUAAACUUCACGGUGAAGCUGCAAGUACACUUUUGAAAUCUCUGCCAAAUGAAAGAAUAAAGCUUCAAAAUCUCCUUUCUCAAUAUGAGUUGGAAGAUGUAUGCAAUGCUGAUGAAACAGGGUUGUUUUACCGCAUGUUACCAAACCAAACAUUAGCGAAGCAGCCUGUUGCUAGGUCAAAACAGGAUAAAUCAUGGGCUACGGUUCUACUUGCUGCAAAUAUAACUAGUUUAUACAAACUUCGGACCCUGACACUUAGUGUUAAUAAUAUAGAGAACGAUGAUUAUCAAUCAAGUUUUGAAAAUGAAGACUUAAUGAAUGAUUCUCUCGGCUCCAGAGACAAUGAUGAAACUGAAAGAUCACUUGAAAAGCAACAAAAAGGACAAUGUGGAAGCACACGUGGAAGACCACGUGGAAGCACACACAGAAGACUACGUGGAAGCACGUGCGGAAGGCCUUGCAGAAGCAUAUGCGGAAGGCAAUGA